AUGGUAUUUUUGAAAUAUUUUGAUAUCCAUCGCAAAAAUGGUUCCGUGUAUAUUCGCAACCAGCCUGACCGGGAAGAGGCGGAAAAGGUCAUACUUCCUAUUAUGGUCAAAGAUUUGAGAGCUGUAGAGAAGAGGGGCUCGACGAAUAAGCAGACUGCUGUUGUCACGCUAAAGAUUACAAUAUUGGAUGCCAACGAUAACCCACCGGACUUUGAGCCUAGUAAUAUUUACCAUGCUAAUGUAUCCGAGGCCCUGCCAGUAGAUUCCGAGGUGCUAACGGUAAAAGCCACCGAUCGAGACACCAAUCAACACAUAUGGUUUCGAAUAGCCAACGAUCCAAUGGAUUCUUUCAAAAUCAAAUCCUCGGAGUCACAUACGGGUAUAAUCCGACUGAAACGGCAACUGGACAGGGAGCAAUUUUCAAAUUUGACACUAAGCGUACUAGCUAUCGACGAAAGGGGCAUCAGCGCACUAACUUCGACAGCAUCGAUUUACAUUCGUGUCAAAGAUGUCAAUGACAACUCACCUCGCUUCACGACACAGCAGUAUGUGUAUUCUGUUCGCGAAAAUUCACCCCUCAACACACGUAUCGCCACGAUUCGCGCCGUUGACGCCGAUGAGGGUGCAUACGGCAGAGUAUAUUACUUUCUAGAAACAACGGACCAAGAUUUACCAUUUAAGAUUCACGAAGACACUGGGGAGAUCACCGUUUCCGGCACCAUCGACAGGGAGAGCCGCUCUACGUUCACGAUGGGUAUUAUCGCUAAAGACAACAAACAAAACCCAAACAAACAACGCUCCAGCCACGAACGGAUAACAGUAAAUGUGAUCGAUGUAAACGACAACGUGCCCGUAUUCACACAGACGGGACAUCCAUUGGUGCAACUACAGGAAGUCGAACCAGUCGGUUCGGAAGUAUAUACAGUGAAAGCAACGGACGCCGACGAAGGUAUCAAUGGCAAAGUCAUCUACACGCUAGAAACGAACCACGCCGACAGAGGCCUGUUUCGUAUUAGCAACAUGAAAGGCAAAAUGAAAAUUAACCGAAGCCUCAAAGAUAAAAUUGGAAUGCAUAAUAUCACUGUUAUUGCUACGGAUUCAGGAAAUCCGCGUCAGAGUGCCAAGAUGAAAGUUUACUUUGAAGUCCUUGAUGUUAACUUACAUAACCCUAAAUUUGUUUACCCCGUGGAAGGAGUUAAACUGUUGAUACCCGAGGGGGGAGGCCCUGGCUCGGUUGUCAUGCAGGUUAACGCCACGGAUGAAGACCAUGGUUACAACGGAGAAGUUAGAUAUUUCCUACUCAGGGACGCUGACUGGCAGAAAUUUGAUUUAGAUCAAACCACUGGCAUGUUGACCACACGCAACUUCCUCGACCGUGAGUUACAGAAAUCAUACACGCUUCAUAUCAAAGCUACAGAUUCGGGAAAACCGCCCCGUGCUGUAACGACGACUCUUCACAUUGAAAUACAAGAUUCGAACGAUAAUGCGCCAGAAUUUAACCGCAAGAAAUACCCGUUUCCUUACAAGCUGUACGGACCUGAAGAGAGCCAGACGGCUUAUGUUGGAAGUGUAGCUAUUGCCGAGGACAAAGACAGCGAGGAAAACUCCGUCAUUUGUUAUUAUAUUAUAGGUGGUGAGAUGGUUGAUUAUUUCUGGUUGAAUCAGACGUCCGGAGGUUUAUACAUCCAAAGGAGAAUUGACCGAGAAAAACACAGUAGCGUGAAUCUUUUGAUUAAUGCCACCAAUACAUGUUUCCAGCACAAACUUAGGGGGGUUGCUCUGCAUCCAGAGGACUUUUACACACGAGAAAUCAAGGAAACCUCUUAUCUUUGGGUUCAGGUUGUAAUAACUGACAUCAAUGAUAACCCACCCAAAUACCGUAGGAAGAAAAUGAGUGUUGGUGUUACCAGGGAUACCGACUUUGGGACCACGAUAUUUGAGCUCCAGUAUGAAGUGGACGAUCCCGAUAUUGGUAACAACUCAGUCCAUACUUUCAAGCAGUUUGGGAAUAUUCGGAUUAGUGAUGGCCUCAAGAAGUUGAUGUCACGUGACCCCGUCACCAACAAGACGCGUCAGCCAUUUAUUGUGAAUAGCAACGGUUCUGUGAUAACCAAUAUGUUCUUUCAGGCGAACAUGCAUGGUUCCUUCGUGUUGCCUGUCCUAGUAACGGACAGCCGACAUAACUCAGACAUCGCUAACUUAACGAUAAACUUUGUCAGUGAUAGCCAGAGAUUGAAGGUAAUAUUUCGCAGACCGCCAUUAGACGUGCAAAGAAUCAAGGAAGAUUUUCUAGAUCGUUUACAAAACAUCACUGGUCUGAAUAUAAUUAUUGACAGAAUUAAAACACACCAAAACCCAAAUGGAGAACCAGAUCUGAAAAAAACUGAUAUGUUUAUCCAUGGUCUUAAAAUGAAUUCUAAUGAAGUUCUUGAAGCAAGAGAUUUAUUGAGGUUAAUCGAUUACAACACUGCCCAUCUAGUUGGUAUUCUCAAUGAUUAUAACAUAAUUGAAAUAGUGCAUUAUAUAAACCUUGCUGAGUAUCUGGAAGGCGUUAAAAGGAAACCAAGUUUUCACCUGGUUGUGAAACAGACAGGAGACUUCAUAAAACAUAGUCAACUUAACAAGUUUCUAGCCAUUAAACCCGCCGCAGAAACAGCAACAAGUGCAGCUACGACAACAGCAAUCUCUACUUCUUCAGUUAGCAUUAUUAAUAGUAAUAACACUUCUACUGCGGUUAGUUCGCCGACAGAUUGCUGCCAGGAGAAAAUUUCAAUCAACAGUGGAGGACGUAGCAAUAGUGUUGAUGUCGGAGACAAUGAAAGAGCGAAAGCAGACGAUAGCUCCAGAGUUGACCCCAUCGUCAAACUGAAUAAAAUUGCUGCAAUCAAUGCUAUUAAAACGAGUAAAUUUUCAAGGAAGUAAACCUCAAGAUAUGAUAUUUACAUCGGACAGCUACGACAAUUCUUGAGCUGUUAUGGAACAACUGCAAAUAAAGGAGAAAUGGAUGAAGGUGAUCCUUAAAUGACCAACAGAGAAG